AUGCUAAGGAGCAAGAGUGGCCUAAGUCCUCCUUCUAGCGCCAAAUGUUCCUACCAGAUUCUGAGUGUAUGGGUUACCACGUAUGGUUAUGCUGCUCCAGAAUUUGUGGCAACAGGGCACUUGUAUGUGAAGAGUGAUGUGUACGGAUUUGGUGUAGUGCUACUAGAAAUGCUGACAGGCAUGCAGGCAAUUGACACAGAUCGGCCAGCAGGCCAGCACAACCUAGUUGAAUGGGCAAAGCCUUUUCUUGUCUCCAAAAGAAAAUUGAAAACCAUCAUGGAUGCUAAGAUAGAAUAUCAAUAUUCACCCAAGGCAGCAUGGCAAGCAGCACAACUUACUCUAAAAUGCCUAGAACCUCACCCUAACAAACGUCCUUCUAUGAAAGAUGUACUUGAGGAAUUGGAAGUCAUUGAAGCUAUCCAUGAAAAAUUGAAGGUGUUUAGUUAUGCGGAGCUGAAAUCUGCAACAAAGAAUUUUAGGCGUACAGUGGUUGGUGAGGGUGGUUUUGGCCUUGUUUACAAGGGAUGGCUGGAUGAGAAGACCCUAGCCCCUGUCAGGGCAGGUUUUGGAAAGGUCGUUGCCAUAAAAGAGUUGAGACCGGGCAGCAUGCAAGGGAUUUUAGAGUGGCAGUCAGAAGUAUACUUUUUAGGAAUACUUUCUCACCCCAACCUGGUCAACCUCUUGGGUCGUUACAAAAAAUGUCAAGUUAAUUUUAUGUUAUAG